UUUUUAUAUUGGAACGGAGUUGUCAGAACAUGCAAAACGAAUUGAUGCACGAGAGAACAAUUGGGGAUAUCCAUCGGCUCAGAAAUUUAUGGACAGAAUAUAUGACCAAUUUAAUCGCUACUCUUUGGCUUCGAUUGAUAUUAAUCCUUAUGCAGCAGUUUGCAAUCAACGUUCCCCUUCCCUCACACUUCUACAACAAUAUUUUCGACCAUUUAGACAACCUGGCCAACCAUUCCAUAUUGGAGGAACAAUAUUUGAAAACAAUGAUUUACCUGUUGGAAAGUAUAUUGUAACUGAUGAUUUACAUAUUACGCCUGGUGCUAAGCUUACAUUAGCACCAGGCACAACAUUUGAAUUUAUGGGAGGUAUUGGAAUGCUUGUACAGGGCGAACUUCUUCGCACAGAAACCAGCAGUAGCCCUUUACAGCCCAUUCUCUUCACAAGCAAACCUUUGGGACAACCACCUCGUUCUGGAAAUAUUCGACUAGUUGACGAAUUCGGAUCAGAUAGAGUUUUAGCUGGCCGUUUGGAAGUUCGUUUAGGGACUAUAGAUAAUGAUAUUGAACAAUGGGGCACAGUCUGUAACAGAUCAUGGACUGUUCAACAUGCCCAAUUAGCUUGUAAUCAAUUGGGGUUAAUACUCGACCCUGAACAUUUUGAGAAUUGGAGAACAUUUCCUUUACCAGAACCAGAUGAAAGACCAAUAAUUAUGGAUAAUAUACGUUGUGAGGAAAGGGAAUUUGAUUUAACAAAAUGUAGACAUGAUGGGAAUUUGCAUAAUGUUAAGGCUUCUUGUUUACGUUGUGCUCCUCCCUAUUGGGCUGGUGUUCGUUAUUCUCUACUUGCUAAUCCUAUGAGCUACACUGGUUUAUCCACCAUGAGUAACUGGAUUAUUCAAAGAGCUGGGCUUUUUGACUUUCGAUUACCUUUAUUAAGUCCUGCAUUGCAGAUUGAUUGGAAUUAUCAUACAUUUCAUAGUUUAACAAUUCGUGAUAAUUAUUUUGAUGGAAUAGAUAUUGUAUAUAAUGACUUAACUAGGAAACCAGCACUUAGAAAUUGUAAUAUUGUUAGGAAUAGAAGAAAUGGUAUGGUUGUCCGCUCAAUGGGAUUGUCAGCAGAAAAACUUUCAAUCCAACAAAAUGGAAAUGCCGGUGUUCGUUAUCUACCAAGAAUUUCUACUUCCCUUCAAAGAGAUAUAGUUUCGUGGCUAGACAGACGAGAGCAACCAGAGCUUGAAGCCAAUGGGAUUUUUAUUAUACCGAAUUAUCAUCUAAAAAGAAUUCAAUUAUUUGAAUCACAACUUGAACAACGAAAAUUUUUAGUUUCAAAACCAACGGAGGAUUGCCCUAUUAAUGAACAAUGUAAUUUUGAAAUUGAAUUGGAAGCUAUUGGUAAUCAGUAUGGAAUGCCUGCAAAACUUUUAAUAAAUCGUCCAAAUAAUGAAAGUGAUGAAGAUGCCAUUUUAGAAGAUCGACAAACUGGAAAUAAAUGGAGUGCCCGUCACAAUACUUUUAAUUUUCCAUUAGUCUCUUUCGGCCCUAAAAUGAGAUUAACUUAUAAACGUUCAAAGGGAAAAUAUUCAUUAGUUUUACUUGUUUUAUUUCUUGAUCAUCAAGAAUAUCUGGAUCGGUUUUUGCAUGUUUAUGAUUCUAUAAUUAGUGAAAAUCAGUAUGCUGUUUCUGCUGUGCAUCACAGUAAUUUGACUUUAAUAGACUAUUCAGCUAUUGUGAAUAGAUAUGCCCAAGAAAAGCUUUGGUUUCAAAGAGUAAAUUUUACUGGAAAUAUUGACUCUGUUCUGUGGGUACAUUCUCCUGAAUAUAACGUAAUUAAAGGAACUCCUCUAGCAGAGAUAACCUGGCAUAUUGAUAAUUGUUCUGUAACUGAUAAUAAAGGACCUAUUGUUGAUACACACAGAGAUUUGUAUUCUUCUGCAAAUAUUUUUCAUUGGAAUUUUUGGUCAAAUACUUUUGCAAAUAAUACUGGGGCUGCUAUUUUUGUGCAUUUACCAGAUUUAUGGGAUUUACGUUCUGUGAAAAAACAUUCAUUUUGGUUAACUGAAAAUCGUUUUGAAUCAAAUUUAAAUUUUGCUGUACACCUUUCUGGUUAUUAUACUUUUGCAAAUAUUUCAUCGAACAACUUUACUGACAAUUUUGCUCCUAAUGAUUUGGGUAUUGUUCAGUUAUUGGGAAUGGAGAAAAAGCUAAUUAUGGAACGAAAUCGCUUCUUUACAAAUUGGGGUGCUUGGAUAGUUCGUUAUGAGGCUUAUAGCCAAGCACUCUUCUCUGAAGAAGUUCCAGCGUUUAUUCAAUAUAAUUAUUUCCAAUUUAAUCGUUUUCUACGACCAUCAGAUGAAUAUGCUGAAAUGUGGCCUCGUUCUUAUUGUGUUGGUAUUUUUGGCACCCAAAGAGUAGAAAUUCACUUUAAUAGAUUAAGAAAUGUUUUGCUUGAUUUUGAAUUGGUAGCUGGAUGCAAACCACAAUUAAUAGCAUCAGAUAUAGAUGUUUUAAAUGUAACACAUAAUUGGUGGGGUGUUGCUAAUGAAGCAGAAUUGAGUCAAAGAGUUUUUGAUUCUGAUGAUUGGAAUUCUUUAAGUCUUGCCCAAUUUUCUCCUUUCUAUACAACGGAAGAAUUGUUUUUAAAUUUUUGGUGGGAUUAUAGAAGAGCUCAAUUAAAUUUUGCUUCGAAACAAGGAACUUCUGAUCCUCCAGCACACGAUUUAAGAGGACGGCUUUGGGGACACGUUAAAUUAGAAUUGGACCCUGAGAGAUGGUACCCAUUUCCUUACCAUUAUCGGCCUUUUCGCCCCUAUCGAAUUACUAGAGAUUUGACAAUAAUGCCUGGGGCAUCUCUUACAAUAGAAAAGAAUGUAGAAGUACACAUCUGGCCGAAUGUUCGAAUUUUAGUUUAUGGCGAUUUAAUUGCUGACGGAACUCUUUGGCAACCUGUUCGGUUUAGACCAAUUAAUACAACAGAAUAUUCAGAACAGCAGGGGAAAAGAGGAAGUAAUUAUCGCCGUCGAAGAUCUACUAUUUUUACUCCUUUUGAUUUAGUCCGUGCAAAACAUUUUAAUAGAGGAGGGCGUUCAAAGCAUUUGGAUAUUGAAUGGAUGUUUUUAAAACAACAAAACAAUAAUAAUCGAGAAGUUUACAGGAAGAGAAAAGCAAUUAAUCAAGAUAAUGUAUGGUCUUUUAUAUCUGAUUUCGCAACAAAACCAAGUCAAAGUGAAGAUAUUUUCCGUCAAUUUCCUGAACUUGUACGUGAAAAUGCUCAAUUUCAACACCUGAAAGUGCUUCUAAUGGAAGAUGGUGUAAAAGGAAAAUUUAAAGGAUUUCUUCAUUUUUACAAUGCUACAAGUGGGGAGACUGUGCCUUCUUGUGAUAGACAUUUUACAAUAAGAAAUGCGCAGGUAGUCUGUCGUGAGCUUGGCUUUAGCUCUCAAAAUGCUUAUCAUUGGCUAACUCCACAAUGGUCAUACAAUCCAAAAAUCAGAAUAGUUAAAACUUAUAUGGAACCUAGAGAAUGUCGGGGGUUUGAACAUCGUUUAGAACAAUGCACUCUCCGUUUAACCGCUCUCCUCACAGAUUGGCAAUGUAUGGAUAAUGAACAUUUUAAUUAUAUUCAUUGUGGCCAGGAUUCUUCCCUCUCAAAUGAAUUUAUUGGACAUUGGGGUGGUAUUACUUUUGCUAGAUAUGGACUUGAUAUUGGGGAGGAAAAGGAGAAGAAGGAGGAGGGGAAUAAUGGUUAUGAAAAGGAAAUUGGAAGUGGAGGGGAUCGUUCUAUUUUGAGGCAUGUUGAGUUGGUAGGGGGAGGUAGAGCACACAAUAAUUCGUUCUUUGAGGCUGCACUUCAAGUCAUACAGAGAUGCCCUAUUAUGGAGAAUGUCAACGUUACCAACUCAUCAAUGGGUGCAAUGCAAGUAUUACUCCCGCCUUGCGGCAAUUUAUUACUUACUCGAUUAAAUAUCUCUUGCAAUCAUGGAAUAGGCUUAACUAUUCUCUCGGCCGGUCUUCUACAUUCUACCACUACUCACCAUUAUUCAGGCAGACCAAAUAGAGGAAUGCCUUCACUUUCAAUUCUUCAAUCUCAACAUUUUAUCCCUAAAGGCCCUCUUAAUAUUCCAUAUCAAAUUCCAGGAUUUUUGGAUAUUUGUUCUUCCGGAAAAGAAAUUAAAAUAAAAACUAGAUUAAUUCUUUUUUACAAAUAUGACUCUUUUGCUGUUGAUUGUGUUAAAAUAUUUAAAUCUGUUGAUGGAAGGAAUCUUGGUUUUAGAUUUUUACAAGCAAAUUUCUACUCUGGACCUGUUGGAAUCCCUCGUUCAGACAAAUUGUCUAUUUAUUCUGGAUCAUCUUUUUCUUCAUCUUCCCUUUUACGUUCAUUUAAUUAUUUAUCGAAUUUUGACGAAUCUGGCAGUAUCACAACUCAGUCCUCAAUUAUUUCAAUUCAUCUCAGGGCAACAGCUGCCGAUGGAGAAUUCGGAUUUUUGGCAGAAAUUGCCACUCUUCCCGCUGUUCCUUUGCCUCGUAAAGGUGUUGAUGAAGUUGCUAUUCGUGCUUCUCGUAUAUUAAAUAAUGACAGAGGGGCUAUUAAUUACAAAAAUUUGGGAGAGAUUGGACCUAAUGUAAUUAUUGAACAAUGUGCUAUUGAUAGAAAUGGAUAUCAUCUUUAUGGAAAUAUUUCUACUUCAACUGCAGCUGUUAAUAUGGAUGUACAUAAUACUUUGCUUUUUUUCUUCCGUGCCAAUUCAAUUCGUUAUGGCCGUGGAGGACUUUUUAUUUCUGCUAAAAGUUCAAGUUCAAUGUCCCGUUUAAGAGCAGUUAUUAAAAAUAAUGCCAUUUUAAUGAAUUCAAAUUCAAGUAUUUUAACAUUUAUUGGAAAUGGAUUACAAAAAGUUUUUUUAAACGGUGUUUCGGCCAAUUUCUCUCACAAUAUAAUUAAUAAAAAUGUUGGCUGGCAUAUUUUAGAUACUUGUAGAUUAAAUGGAGAAUUGAGAGAAGAAACUGCGACAGAACUUUAUUUCCAAAAUAAUUAUCUUAAAGAUAAUUUAGCAUUAGGGCAUGGAAAUCCUUACAUUGAACGUUAUGGAUUUCAUGAUGGAAACGAACUGGAUGAGUUUGUGGAAAGAAGGCCUAAAAGACAAGUUCUCAGCCAAAAAGGUGUUAGUUUUGACUGGUGGACUCAUAUUGGUGCUGAAAGCAGUCGUUAUCGUUCUACAAUUCUUUCUGGCUCUGUACACCAACUUUAUUCCCGAAAUUUAUUCGACAACCCUUUAAAUGAUUUUGAAUUGGUUACUACUCAACAUGAAAGUCCUCAAUUCGAUAUUUCUUCAAUAAAUGCAAGAUAUAAUUAUUGGGGUCCACCAGGCACUAUUGGAACGGCUGCGGGUAAAAUACGCGACCAACAUGAUGAUCCACUGCUUAUACGUGUAGAUUAUGACCCUGUGUUGGAAUCGAAUACCUCCCUUAUUGAAGGAGACUGCCCAGCUGGAUGGUUUCUGGUUGGCAGGGAAGAGUUUAAAUCCUGCUUUAUUUUUAUUGGAGCAGCAUCUACAUAUUCUGAUGCUGUCCAAACCUGUCAAUAUUUGGAUGCAUUUUUGCCUAUAAUGCAAACUGGAGAUCCUCGUCAAAAAGAACUUGCUGCAAAAAUAGAUAUUUUAAGUCAAUUAUAUAUUACAGAAUUGGAAAGAAUUAACUCUUUUGGAUUUGCUUAUGACAUUCCGAUUUGGAUUGCAAGUUUAACAAUUCCUUCAAACCAGUGUGGAUGGAUGAGUUCUAGAACAGCCAGUAUUGGAGAGCAGAAUUGUCAUAAUUUAUUACCUUAUGUUUGUGAACGAGGAACUGGGCCCUAUCAAGAACCUCUUUUAUGGCGAGCUGAUUUUUUACUUGUUUCGAUCUCAAUAAUUUUAUUUUUUAUUGGCAUUUUUUUACUCAUCAUAUGUGCAUUUUGUAAAUCAAAUACAAAAGACAGGCAAUUUACUCGAAGAAAACAAUUUGUAAGAGAUUCUAUUAGAAGUAGUCAACAAUUAAUACAAAUGAGGCAACAACAACAAUUACAACAAAAACCUAUGGAAGGGAAUGAAAGUUUUUCCGAAAGUUUUGGAAGCCCUUCAAGUAACUCUUCUAAUAAUUCUGGACAUUAUUAUGGUGAAUGUUGUUCUAAUAAGGAAGGAAAUGCUGGGGAAAGUAGUUAUUAUGCACAAUUACCUGAAGAUGAUCAACAAAUUAAUGAAUGUUGCUUUCCGUCUAUGUUUGUAAAUGAUUGAUUAAUUAGCAUUCCAAAAUCAUGCUUUAAAAUUGUCCUUUUUUGAAUUAUUCUCUUAAAAAGUUAAGAUUGUCGGGCUACUGGGACCACUCGCUUUGAUAUAAUUUCCAAGGCUAGCUUCGAGGCAAUUUUUCCUAAAUGUAUAGGUUAAUGUAUUUACUCGAU